AUGGAAACACAAAAUUUAACUGUGCUAAGUGAAUUCAUUCUCACGGGGGUCACAGACCGCCCUGAGUUGCAGGCUCCAUUAUUUGGGCUCUUCUUCAUCAUCUACGUGAUUUCAGUGGUGGGCAAUUUGGGCAUGAUCAUCCUCACCAAGGUGGAUUCGAGGCUCCAUACACCCAUGUAUUUCUUUCUCAGACACCUGGCGCUCACUGAUCUUGGUUAUUCAACAACUGUAGGACCUAAAAUGUUAGUAAAUUUUGUUGUGGAUCAAAAUACAAUCUCCUAUUAUUUCUGUGCUAUCCAGCUAGCUUGCUUUCUUGUGUUCAUUGUCAGUGAGAUCUUCAUCCUGUCUGCAAUGGCCUAUGACCGCUAUGUGGCCAUCUGUAAACCUCUGCUCUACCCAGUCAUCAUGUCACAAAGGCUGUGUCAGCUGCUGGUGGCUGUCCCCUAUCUCUACAGCACAUUUGUUGCUCUUUUAAUCACCGUAAAGAUUUUUAAUUUAUCUUUCUGUGGCUACAAUGUUGUCCGACAUUUCUACUGUGACAGCCUCCCCUUGUUAUCUUUGCUCUGCUCAAAUACGCAUGAAAUUGAAAUGAUUAUUCUGAUUUUAGCAGGUUUUGAUUUGAUCUCCUCCCUUCUGAUAGUUCUUGUGUCUUACCUCCUCAUUCUGGAAUCCAUUCUCAGGAUGAACUCUGCUGAAGGCCGGCACAAGGCUUUUUCUACCUGUGGAUCGCACCUGACGGUGGUCAUAGUAUUCUAUGGGACUUUGAUAUUUAUGUAUGUACAACCUGAGUCCAGUCAUUCCUUUGACAGUGAUAAAAUGGCUUCCAUAUUUUACACCCUAGUGAUCCCCAUGUUGAAUCCCUUGAUCUACAGCUUGAGGAACAAAGAUGUAAAAUGUGCACUACAAAGGGUGUGGAGAAAUCUAUGUAAUACUUUUUCUUAA